UUAUUAUAGCAGCCCUAUGUAAUUUCAAAACUAACUUGAAAAAUCUCACUUGCAAUACAGCCUUUGCUUUUAUGUACCGUCACAGCACAGUCCUUUUUUCAUACGAGCCAGGAGUGGCUUAAAAAAAUAUAUAAUAAUAUGACGCACUACAAAAUUGGCUUUUAAUAUUAUUUAAUGAAAUCUAACUCACUGACUUGCAAGACUAAGUUUCUUUCUCUCUCAAUCAUCCCUUUAACGCAUUCUUAAAAAAUACGAGUAAACCCAUAAGCAUUUAUUUUCAUACUUCCUUGUUGCGUUCAGUAUAACUUUCCUCAGAUCAUCUAGCUCUUACCAAAGUCAAAUAUGAAUCCAAAAACUGUGCUUGUCAUCUUCUUCGUUGCUGUUAUAAAUGCACCUACAAGUCAUGCAGAAAGGAAAGUGGUCGUACAUAACCGAGCUUUUAAUCUGACGUGCAGCCAAAGAUACAGUGGUGGUGGUGCUGAGCCAAUAUUUGUAUGGAGAAAAAAUGCGGAGACAUUAGUGCCUGACGUCCGAGACCGAUACAACGUCUACCUCCCGGUUACGACCAGCAUCGCAGGAACAACAGCUAGACAAAGUAGAAGUACCUUAGGGGUUGUAUUAUUGCUACGUGACUCGAACACUAACAUUUCCUGUGAAGUGAUUGGUGUCGGCAAUCAAGAUGUAGGCCUACUCAAAAGUUGGACCCUUUUAGUUGAGCGACAGCCUCCGCGUAUAAUCCCGCCACCCGAAGGUACAACUUUUGUGGAAGGUACGUCACCCACUCUCAACUGCACAUCAAUCUAUGACGUCAAUAUCACGUGGUCCAUGGGCGGGAAACCAUUCGGGGAGGUCGUGUUGCUGGACUCACUCGCCGAUGGGGGCGGGACCGUCAGCGUUGUGACGUUUAACGCUCUGCGAUCACAGCACCAACGUGUGCUGAAGUGUGUGAUACCAUCGGCCGUUGAGGGCGCCAACGUACCCCCACCAGCCACGGAGAUUGUUCUUUCAAUUGUCUAUCCGCCUUUUAUAACCUCCGGAAGAAUCAGGGAGAAACCCAACACUUUCUGGUGCGAGGUAGACGCAAAUCCAGCCGCUAAUAUCUCGUGGGUCGGACCAAACGACGCUGAGAUUGCAACGGGAAAUCAACGCUGGGUUGAGGGCAACAGAACACGCAGCGAGCUGAAGAUCGAUCCGCCGUUUGCGACAGGUGUCGGAGGCUACACUUGCAUCGCGUCAAAUGCAUAUGGAAAUAGUUCGGCAGUGAUACCGCUUCCUAAAGACCGUCUACUUCUCAUAGUCGGUGUAUCCGCUGGGGUGUUCUCUUUUGGCGUGGUGUUCAUCUUCUUAGUUUUCGUGGUGUUAAUGAAGUGGAGACCAUGUGAGGUCGCGCCCCCUGACCCCAUCUAUAGCACUGUACCUGUUGGAACACUAGGACUGACUAAGAGGUUAUCAACCUUUGCUACAGGCACAUGGAAGAGGGGGACUUUGUUCGGGUCACCCCAGCGUUCCACUCUGGAUUUGGAUGUGAUAAACAGGCCUCAGCUUGAAGCUCCAAAACUCGACAAGUAGCGAUCAUCUUGUUCACUUGACUCAUCUGUUACCAAGGUGGCCAAUUUCAGGCGUUAACCCUAGAAAGCACCCCCCUAUGUUUUUUCAACGCGCAAUCGUGGCUCAGUGAGUGCAGCCACAAUGGGGUUUUGUGCAUAUAUAAUAAUUUAGUUCAGAAAUAUGAAGAAAAAUAAUUUUAUUAUGCCUUAUCUAACUUUCUAUGGACGCUAUAAGAAUCUGAGUAGAUGUGGAUGGUAUUAUUUAAUUUUGAAGAAAAACAAAUCCAAGAGUUCGUAUAUAAAUAAUUGUAAAUUUAAAUGAUUUUCAUUUUCAACUGGUAUGAUCCAAAAUUGCUUAUAUAUUGUGUAAUUAUAAUGGUUGCUAAAAGCUACUAGAAUGUU